ACUCUGACUGUGGCCAGGAACUCCCCGGGUGCGUACGUCUGUCAGUCUCAGCUCAAACGUCGCCCUCGCUUGCCGCCAUGACGCUCACGCCGCCGCCGCUGCUCCUGGUGCUCAUGCUGGCGCUGACGGGUGCGCAGGCCACCGUGGACCGGCGCACAGCCGCCGCCAUGGCAGCAGGGCUUUGCAAGACGCGCCCCACCGACCUGGUGUUCAUUGUGGACAGCAGCCGCAGCGUCCGCCCCUCAGAGUUCGAGCAGGUCAAAGUCUUCCUGGCCAAGGUCAUCGAGGGCCUGGAUGUGGGGCCCAACGCCACCCGAGUGGGCGUGGUCAACUACGCUAGCCGCGUCAAGAAUGAGGUAUCACUGAAGACGCACCGCACUAAGGCCGGCCUGAUCAAGGCGGUGACCAAAGUGGAGCCCCUGUCCACGGGCACCAUGACUGGUCUGGCCAUCCAGUUCGCCCUCAACGUGGCCUUCAGCGAGAACGAGGGCGCCCGGGCCAAGUCUCCUGACAUCAGCAAGGUGGCCAUCAUCGUGACGGACGGCCGCCCCCAGGACAAUGUGAAGGACGUGGCCCAGCGGGCACGCGACGCCGGCAUCGAGAUCUUCGCCAUCGGCGUGGGCCGCGUGGACAUGAGCACGCUGAAGCAGAUGGCCAGCGAGCCGCUGGAUGACCACGUGGACUACGUGGAGAGCUACAGCGUCAUUGAGAAGCUCACCAAGAAGUUCCAGGAGGCUUUCUGUGCGGUGAUGUCGGACCUGUGUGCCACCGGGGAUCAUGACUGCGAGCAGGUAUGCCUCAGCUCCCCCGGAUCGUACAAGUGCGCCUGCAAGGAAGGCUUUACCCUCAUGGACGAUGGGCGCAGCUGCAGCGCAUGCAGCAACUCUGCGACGGAUGUGGUCUUCCUGAUCGACGGCUCCAAGAGCGUGCGUCCCGAGAACUUUGAGCUGGUCAAGAAGUGGAUCAACCAGAUCGUGGACAAGCUGGACGUGUCAGACAGCAAAGCGCACGUCGGCCUGGUGCAGUACUCCAGCCUGGUCCGACAGGAGUUCCCGCUUGGCCGCCACAACAACAAGAAGGACCUGAAGGAGGCGGUGAAGAAGAUGGCCUACAUGGAGCGAGGGACCAUGACCGGCCAGGCCUUGCGCUAUCUGACCGACAAGAGCUUCAGCGUGGGCCACGGCGCCCGACCCGGCGUCUCCAAGGUGGGCAUCGUCUUCACGGACGGACGCAGCCAGGACUACAUUGGCGACGCCGCCAAGAAGGCCAAGGAGAUGGGCUUCAAGAUGUACGCCGUGGGAGUGGGCAACGCAGUCGAGGACGAGCUGAAGGAAAUCGCUUCGGAGCCCAAGGGCGAACACUACUUCUACACGGCAGACUUCAAGGCCAUGACGCAGAUCGCCAAGAAGCUGCAGAUUAAUAUCUGCCAAGAGGACGACCCAUGCGAGUGUGACUCCCUGGUUAAGUUCCAGAAGAAAGUAGAAGAAGCCCUGCAAGUACUAACGAAGAAAAUAGAGAAUAUGUCCAAGAGGAUCGCUCUGCUGGAGAACAAAAUCGUCUGAGGACUUGCAUCACGUAGUUCCCCAUAAAACCCACUUUAGACCCCCUCUUCCCCCCCCCCCCCACCCCCCAAGUCGACGCACCGGUUGCCAUGGAAACUGUGCCUUUGUAAAUACAAGUCUUCCCUCAUAGGGAAACCACAGAUGGUACCCCCCACCCCUCCCCCCAAAGUAGCACUUUCACUAUUUUUUUU